CAUUUGUGUGUCAAUCGCGGCGCAACUGAAUCAGACUGAACGUGUGUCCCAUUCAACAACAGUACCGCCGGCUCAUCUUCACUUCCACGCGUUGAUAGAUAAAUGUCUGAACAGAAUAGGACCAAAUUGGGAGCAAAACGCGAGCUUGCUGGGCGUAUACAGACGUGUGACAUAUGCAGACUUCGUCACCAGAAAUGCAAUGGUGCGAAGCCUUGUUAUCAUUGUGAGGCCCGCAAACUCGAAUGCAAGUACACCAACAUCCCAACUUCAAAGAACAAAGGCUUCUCUACCAAUGUCGCAAUCACAAAGUCAAGAGCUUGUCGAGCGUCUUACUAGAAGAAUCUCCAGACGAGCUGCGCCGGUACAAAUAAGUCCUCAAUCCGAUAUGACACGCCCUGUUGUCGUCUCAGCUAGGCCGCAGCAUCUAGUUAAUGUCCUUGCUCAGCAUUUAGCUCACAGGACCAGACAAAUGCCACAAAAAGUACUCAAAGAGCUCAUAAUAGGCGUAUAUUCGGGACCUCCUCUCCGUUUACCUACAGCUCUACAUCACGACGCACCAAACGAAGCGAUGCAUACGAAGGAACGGGCGACAAGUUGGAUUCAGUCUCUACUACACGGACCAAAUAAUCUCAUCGGCCUUCUGGACGCUCGCGAGAGUUUAGAGCUUCUGGACAGAUUCUAUUCGGCGGACAGCAUAACACCAGUAGAAGAAUGUAUUUUGACAUAUCAGCUGGCUCUUGGGGCACGCUUGGCGGAUGAUACGCCUGAAUGGGUGCAUUAUUCUCUAUACGACCGAGCGAGGGCACAGUUGGAGAGGUGUAUAGAUUCCGAAGAAGAUGAUACGUGGGUCAUACAAGCUAUGCUCUUAAGCUGCAUGUACCUCAUGAAUGCGCGUCCAAAGAUUGGCAGAAUACUUAUAGGCACGGCAAUACGAAUCGCACAGCAACAUCAAAUUGAUUUAGCUUUUCCAGACUCCUCGAUACAAGAUAAACGAGAAUACGAUCGGUUGAGGAUGAUCUGGCGUAGCAUCUAUUACCUCGAUAUCUGGAACUCCAUUCUGAUAGGGUGCUUGCCUCAGCUCAGCGCGACGACAACUCAAGAUCCUUUCCUUCGAGACAUGGAAAAUGAUACAGUGGUACCAAAUCAAAGCCUCGCCCACAACACUGCCAUGCUUGCAGUCAUAACAGGCAAGGCUCUAAGCGAUAUCUAUACAGUCAAUAAGAUGGAGCCAAAAAUGUUCGAGAAACAUGUACAGUCUCUAAAGAACUGGGCAAAAAGCUUGCCGAUAGACAUGCAAGUCAUAGGCAAUAGGGAGACUCAUGGUCCUCAGUUGCUCGCGACCGUAUCUUCGGGAUAUGCAGAGUUGCUGUAUUACGCGUCAAACAUGUUCAUAACCUUACCCCCGCUCCAAUACUCCCUUUCCGGCACGCAUGACCUGCCUAUGGGUCUGCAUUUCGCUGCAUUGACAUGAAUCGGCGAUGCGAAUAGGUAAGGUUACCAAGGCCUUGCUAUCGCAAGGAGUCUUCACCAAGAGAUCAGAUAUGCCAAUGGUACUGAACUUCGUUGCGGCUAUUGUUCUGCUCCUAGGCUUGAAUAU